AUGCAGAAGCGCCGGAGGGUGACUCGAGCAUGCGACGAAUGUCGAAGGAAGAAGAUCAAAUGCGACGGCAAGCAGCCUUGCACACACUGUACAGUCUAUAGCUAUGAAUGCACAUACGACCAACCCUCUAAUCGUCGUCGCAACCCCGCGCCCCAAUACAUCGAGGGUCUGGAGCAUCGGGUACACCGCGCCGAGACUCUGUUACGAAUGCUCAUGCCUGAUCUCAACUUGAAUGACCCAAGCAUCGAUGUCGCUGUAGCCCAAGGAUAUAUUCCCGGCUUCUCGAACAAGCCCGUCUCCAACCACAGUCCGGCCACACAGCCAACUGCUCUACCCCGUGCAUCUCUCGCCUCUGCGCCUAAUGCGGACCAAAAAGAUACCAAUCUAGAAUCCAUGGUCCGUGCUAUUGGCCAACUCGAACUGGACGAACAAGGAAACUGGGACUAUCACGGUCAUUCUUCUGGCCUCAGUUUUGUAAGGCGCAUGCGAGAACAGCUGGGCGAUCUCCUCGGACCCGAGGCCAAGACUACUCCCUUCGUCAAGUCGAGACCAAUGUCACAAGUCUUUGACUCGCCAAGAUCCUUGAACCCAGACUCACCUGGUCUAGGUAUGGAGGGCGCAGUUCCUGGCACUGAUCUCCCUUCUAGAACCGUUGCUCGAGAUUUGUGUGAAACUGCCAUCACCGAUGCUUCCGUCCUGAUGAGAGCCAUCCAUGUUCCAUCCUUUUGGGCAUCAUUUGAUCGCAUGUACAACACACCAUACGAAAACUACACGAAUCAGGACCACAAAUUCCUUCCGCUAUUGUACAGUACCAUGUCGGUAGGCUGUUUGUUUGGCAGCGACGAACAGAGUCCUUUAAACCAAGCUGGCUAUGAAACUGCCAUCGACCAAGGUUUCAAGUACUUUAGAACAGCACGUCAAUUGCUAGACAUCGCAGACUGUCGCGACCUGACUUCCAUCCAAGCGGUUCUCUACAUGAUCUCGUUCCUCCAAUGCUCGGCCAAGUUGUCGCAAUGCUAUGCUUAUGUCGGUGUAGCGUUGCGCUCCGCACUACGUAUGGGCUUGCAUAGAAACAAUUCUGCCUUCAACCGCACGUUCAAUCCGAUCGAGGCCGAGACUAGAAAACGUGUUUUCUGGACGAUCCGCAAGAUGGACAUCUAUGUUGGCGCAAUGCUGGGUCUGCCACAAACGCUCAGCGAGGAGGACAUCGAUCAAGAGUAUCCUCUCGAGGUUGACGACGAAUACAUCACCGAAGAGGGCAUCUUCCCUAUGCCCGAGGGAACCACGCCACUGACAACAGUCUUCAAUGCACAUAGUCGACUGGUGGAGCUACUCAUCAAAAUAGUGAGAAACGUGUAUCCGAUCAGGGCGAAGAACGUUCAAAGCAACAUGGACCGCUCUUACACGGUGCCCUUCUCUGUCAUUCGAGACAUUGAGAAGGAUCUGGAAACAUGGAAAAGUAACUUGCCUGCAGGGCUGGACCCAUGCAAUAACUCGAACCCCAAACUCACAAGAGGCCAGCAGCUCCUUCGCAUCGCAUAUGCGCAUGCUCAAGCAAUGCUUUACAGGCCAUUUUUGCAUUUUGUUGCGACCGACAAGAGAUCGCGUGACAUUGACCAGCGCGCAUACACAUGCGCGGCUUCAUACGUCAACCUUUCACGCAACCACAUACAUCUAUGUGUGCAGAUGAAGCAAAAGGGAUUGUUGAACGGCGCGCACUGGUUUGUCAUGUACACGACGUUUUUCGCUGUCGUGUCAUUGAUCUACUUUGCGGCCGAGAAUCCCCAAAACAUUACGACUGAAGCUGUCCUGAAGGACGCUAUCCAGGGCAAAGAAGUACUGGCGUCACUGGCCAAGCGCAGCAUGGCAGCAGAUCGAUGCGCUAUAACGUUAGACGGUAUCUUCAAAGCACUACCAGCCUGGGCUCGUGAAGGUCACCCGAACCCCGCUCCAUCGCGAAAGCGUCGGCAAAGCUCGACUAACGGACCGCCAAAGGGUGCAAGAAGCCAUCCAGACAUCUCGGUCACUGCUAAAGAACCGCCCCCGCCUCAACCUGGAUCCAUACAGCGAGCGAGCACUUUCCCUAACCAUCCAACUAAUGUACCGACUGCAUCAGCUUACGAUCAACGAAUGUCGUUCCCUACGCCCUCGAUGAGUUCAGGCAGUGCGCCUUAUACACCUGCUAGUCCAGGCUUCAGUCAACAAGCACUGGUCGCUGGGCCAAUGGAGAAUAGUAGUCCUUCGAACGGCCUACUCGGGUAUCUCCCGUUGGAAAUGACGAACCCCAACUUACCAGAUCUGUCGGCAAUGAUGUUCCCAUCCGCAGAACCCUUCAACUAUCCUAAUCAGCCCCUGACGACAUUCGAGAACAACCAGUUCGCGAAGGACCCCAACGUCUUCAACAACUUUAGCGAUUCGAAAGCGCCAGUCAUGUUGUCAGGGCAGAGCACUGGAUCGGAAACGGACAACCUCGAAGCACAAUUCUACCCUUUGCCCCCUUAUAUGAUGCAGCAACAGCAGCAACGGCAACAGCAACAAGGCAGGUGGGACAUGAAUAUGAUGCAACAGCAACAGCAACAAGCGCAGCUGGCCAACAUGCGUCAGGUAUCCGGCGGCUGGCCAGGGCAGCAACAGGGACUGGAUCAGGGGACAGGAUUCCCCAACAUCAACCUGAGCGACAUGUUUGGAGGUGAGAACGAUAUAUUCAGUGGUGGGAUGCUCAUGGACCAAGGGUUCCGAGGCACAGGGAUUUGA